AUGGCGGCGACUAACAACGUCCCCGUGACUCUGGACACGCCUAUCGUGGUCAAGGUCCUGUUCCGCGGCCAGACAAAGAAGUUCAAGCUGCCUCUGAAGGAUCUUGGAGCCCAUGUGCUGCCCGACAAGCUCCGAAGCAUCCUCCAGCUUGAGGCUGGCGAGCAGGUCGUCUUCGAGCGCUACUCCGACUCCGCCGCCUCGUAUGUCAUCCUCGACGCCGACAAACCCCAGGUUUACAAGACGCUCUUCCGGGCCGCAAAGGCGAAACUCAAGCUGCGUUUGAGAGCUACCGUUCCUGGUGAAGAGCCCGUACCUGCGCCCGCACCCGCGCCGAUGCCGCCACAUACGCUUCCAGGCUACGCGCCAUCUGUUCACCGCAUGAGCUCAGAUACCCUCACUCCACAGGGCAAUGCACCUGUUUCUCCGGUAAUUGCCCGCUCGCCGGACAUGGAAAAGAAGGAGUCCAUCAGUCCUGUGUCGCCACCAAAGACGGCAGAUGCUGACGGCGAGGCUCCUGUACCGCAGGCCUUCAUUGCCCGUCAGAACUUCUUCAACAACCUUGCAACUGCCAACUAUAACUCGGGUCUUGCGUUCCGCCCGAAGACGAGCAAUGUAUGCACCUCGUGGGUUGUCUAUUGCAACAACUGCAACGAGCCCAUGGAGGACGAGCACUUCCAUUGCAGCGUAUGCGAUGGUGGCGAUUACGAUCUUUGCCCUGCUUGUGUCGACAACGGUGUUCACUGCCCCGGAAGCGGACACUGGAUGGUCAAGCGCUUCGUCAAGAAUGGCAGUGUCGUCAACAGCACUACCCAGCGCAUCGCACCCAAAGUCAAGGUCGAGGAGCCCCAACAGCAGGAUAUUCCGGGAGCUUUCACCGAUGAGAAGCAGUCUGUUACCUACGAACAGGAGCCCACUCGCACCUGUAACUGCUGUGUCACCGUGCUCCCCGAGAAGGAGUUCGUCACCUGCAUCCCCUGUGAUGAUUACGACCUUUGCUUGACUUGCCAUGUUAGCAAUAAGCAUGGCCACCAUCCUGGCCAUACCUUCAAGCCUGCCACAUCCGAGACUGUGCUUCCUACUCUGGCGGAUUUCCUGUGCAAUUCCGGCAGGAAUGUUCGUCACAACGCUGUCUGCGAUGGCUGCGACAAGUUCAUUUACGGUGUCCGCCACAAGUGCCUGAAUUGCCCAGACUGGGAUUACUGCUCUGACUGUCUCAAGAACGCCAAGUUCAUUCACCCCCGUCACCGCUUCGUACCUAUCUAUGAGCCUUUGGCUGAGCCCAUGAACACCGCCAACCGCCACUACGGUAUCUACUGUGACGGUCCUCUCUGCAAGGAUAAGGAGAACCUGUCAUACAUUGACGGCAUUCGCUACAAGUGUGCAGUCUGUCACGACACCGACUUCUGCCAAAACUGCGAAGCUCAUCCCAGCAACAAGCACAACCACACUCAUCCACUCAUCAAGUUCCAAACACCUGUGCGCAGCGUUAGCGUCACGACUCUCAACGAUGAUAAGCAGCGCAAGUCCGUUGCUAGGCUUGGUGAUCGCAUUGCUGACAGGCGGUCUACCUCGACUGAGACUACCCCUGUCGCUCCUUCUACCAACGCUGCGACUCAGGUCCAGACCAUUGUUGACAUGAAGCCCUCAGCAGAGCCUCAAGUCAAGAAGGAGAAGAUCGCUAUUCGUGAUCUGCUCGUCGACUCUGUAGAGCCAGUGCAAGAGAAGCCUGUUCAGCCUAUCCAGCCUACGGUGCCCAUCAAGUCGGAAGCUAUCUCCAUUGCCAGAUCGGAUACCGCUACCGAGGGCCUUGACGCACACUUCAUUCGAGAUACCAUCAUUGACGGUUCCAAGAUCUGUGCAGGCCACCAGUUUGUUCAAGUAUGGACUCUGCGCAACCCAGGCCCUAACGCCUGGCCACGAGGAUGCAGUGUACGACACGUUGGUGGCGACAACAUGCUCAACAUCGACAACACGCGUCCCUUGAGCCACACUGAUCUCGCAGAGGCCAGCGAAAGCAACAUACUCGGACAUACCGUCGAGGCCGGCGAGGAGGCUCAGUUCCGUGUUCUUAUGAAGGCACCCAAACGUGAGGGCACUGCUAUCUCUUACUGGCGCUUGAAGACCCCUGAAGGUAUGCCCUUCGGUCAUCGUCUGUGGUGUGAUAUUGCCGUCGUUGGCGUGCCCUCCCCUGUGGUCGCCCAGCCAGCGAUUCCUCCUGCGCCAGUCCAGAGCGUCCCUACUCCUACCCCAGGCUCAGCUACCACGUUUGAGGUUGCCCCUCGAUCGAAUCCUCUUUACGAGCGCCUCCUACAAGCUAGAGCUGAGAGGAUGAAGCAUGUACAACACUCUCAGCAACAGCAAAUGAACCUGCAGAAGAUGAAGGAUGCGCACCACUCUUUGCAACAACAACUGGACCAACAGAAGAUGGAGCGUGUCCAGCGUGUGCGCAAGGCUGCUAUGGAGCGUCUUCUAGAGGGCCGUCGUAAGGUUCAUGAGGAAACAAACCGCCGCAAGGAACACGAAGCUGCUCUUGCCACAAUCAACCAGGAGCCGAUUGUUCCAUCCAAGGCUGAGAUCAAGCCUGAGGAGCCAGUCGCUGAACUCCCCGUUGAGGAGAAGCAGCGCUCAUCUGAGCCUCUCGCUUCCGGUAUGAUUUUCCCUCAGCUAGACAAAGAGUCCCCUGAGUCGAGCACCUAUGAGUCUUCUACUACUGCUCAGCCCAUGUCUCCCUCGUCUGAGAAGAGUACAGUCGCUCGUACCGUCACCGUCGCUUCGGAUGACGAGUUUUUCGAGGAUGCCGAAAGUGUUGCACUAAUGUCCGAUGACGGUUUCAUGACCGACGAGGAAUACGACAUCCUCGAUGCUAGCGAUGAGGAGAUGCCGUAA